AUGCGCGCGGCUUUCUUUCUCGUACCCGGCCUUGUCGGCCUGGCCUGGGCGCAUGGCGACCACGGUAGUGGCAGUCAAAAGCCCAUUGUCGACGAGAGCGCAAACUGGAUCACGAAGCACAUGGCUGAGGAGCACCACGCCGCAGAUUUCGAUGCAGCCUCCUUCUUCGCCCUACACGAUUACGACACCGACGGCAACUGGGAGCCCGAGGAGAUCCUGCGUACUUAUGGCCUGAUGGACGAGUCUAACAAGCACGUCUCCCAGGAGCGCAAGGAUGAGAUCACGAAAAAGAUCAUGAGCCUGAUUGAUAAGAGUGGUGACGGAAGGAUCACCCGCGAGGAAUGGGUCGAGUUUCUCGGUUCGGGCGGUACUCUUCCGGACUUCGGCCAUGGGCCUGGACACCAUGGAGAUGACGAGUAUGAAUACGAGAUCCAUCAUUGGGAGAAGUAUCACGACGAGAACACCAAACUUGAGGACCUGACACACCCCGAAGAUAUCGAGCAUUUCAAGAAGCAUGAGCAGAUGGAAGAGGAGCAAGAACGCAUAGAAGCCAUGUCGAAACAGUCCAUCGUUCUCGCAAAUGUACCCAUGAAGUUCAGGAGGCAGUAA